AUGACUACUACCAUGGAAGAUAAUAAUAUUUCACCAGCAUACUACUAUUACGUAGACCCAUCAACGUCGUACCAUUCACAACAACCAGAUCCUCUGGACGACCUGAUAUCGGUUUAUGGUCUCCAGGAUAUAUCACAACAGGUUGCACGCGCAAAUCCAGACGGCACAAAAGCCGUAAAACUGCGGAAAUCCUACAAAAAUCAGAUAAACGACCUUUCCGGCAAGUUUUCUGUCAUUCCAACGCGAGAUAACGGCAAAGGCGGCGAUAUAGCGCCAAUUCUGUUUCAAAAUAAUCCAGAUAUGAUUUCCCAGGUACAACGAACCCCCGAAAUGACGCCUGAUCAAUGGCGUCAGCUCAUGUGCGAGCGUGACACUUCUUUAUUCGAUUCACAAAAUAUGGACUGGGAAGUUUGUCAAAGCGUGCUUUCACAAUUCGGGAGAAGCCACCCUGCUGAAUUUCAGGCCAACGGUUUCCAAGCCGAAGAUCUGGCUUUCGACUUGGAUGGCAGUGGCAACGCAAUAAGGGCCAAAAAACGUAAAAACAAGUCUAGCGGCAGUUCCAUGGCUACGCCCAACAGUGACAUGCAGGAAGACAUGAAGAGAAGAAGGUUAGAAUGA